AUAUCCAGACAAAUAGACAUUUAUUAUUAAAAAAAAAACAAAAAAAAACAAUCGCUUUAAUUAACAAUUAUAAGAUCAAUAUUAUAAAAUAGUUUAUGAUUAGGCUUCGUAAAUCAGAGUUAUCUGUGCUUUGUGUUCUAGUAGGAGCUCGACUGAAUUUUUGACAAAUACCACGGGAUGUCAUGAUACUUGUAAAAAACGAAGCAUUACGUCUAACAAAUGAAACAGUAUAUAAACAUAUGAACACUAUUUAUGGAAUUUUCGACACGGAUUUAUCUUUUGAACACAAGAUGAUUGUUUGGUUGCUAUGUGAGUUAUCAAAUACGCAAAUCUCAAAUGAAUGACAUCCUAUAUUAUUGCAUAUUAAUUAUUUUGAUAUGUAACUUUAAUGAUCCUUUUAUAGUAAAUUUUAUUGUUUAGAAAGUAUGUUCUUUCGGAUAAAUUUUAUACAACUAUGACACUACAGAGACGUACAUAUGCUCCAAUUAAACAAAUUGUCAAAUUAAACUAAAUUGUCGAAGAGGAGUGCAAGAAAUGUCUCACUACAUGAAAGCCACGCGAAAACACUUCUCCAAAAAUGUUCAUGAAUUCAUUAUAAGGCCACUGUUGAAACAGAGAGAGACUGGAGAAUUAUGUGAUGUUGUCCUCAAAUUACACGGUCAGUGUUUUCAAGCCCAUAGGGCUAUUCUUGCUCUAUGGAGUCCUUAUUUUUUAUCUAUGUUUACUUGCGACAUGAAAGAGAAGACAACUAGAGAGGUAGACCUCUCCGAGUCGCUUUCAUUGCAGAGAGACAGCGUAUUUGCAAGCGUCCUCGACUAUAUAUACACUGGGACAAUCGCUCUCACAUUGGAUAAUGUUGAGGAUGUCCUUCGCAUUGCCGAUUUCCUUUUAUUGGACGAUGUCAAAGACUUCUGCCGACAGUUCUAUUUGGAUCUCGGUAAUCUCGAUUUAAACAAUUGUCUGCGCGUUCGAUUCCUAGCAGAAGACCAUAGCCUACACGAAGUGAAAGAAUAUUGUCAGAAAAUAAUUGAAGCGCGAUUCCAUGACUAUUUGAUAUUUCAUGAUGACAUCCUCGAACUGUCUGUGUCUUGCUUAUUAGUUUUAUUAGAAAACCCGGCUGUUGUACAACAUACUCGGCACAAAGAUCUUAAGAAAUUGAUUCAUCGUUGGGUUGAAUAUGAUCCUGACGGUCGUAAGCAAUUUCUCGAAGAAUUAAAUUUGUGCAUCAAAGUUUGGGUAUGCGAUCUGAUAAACGAAGCACCUUUCUUUGGCCGGGCUCUUGCCAGAACUGGGAUGGCUAGCCUGUGGCAUUCAUACCACGGGUCUUCUGAAGAAAUUCCGUCGAAUAAAACAAUGGAAGCCAGUGCUAUUUUUACCGAAAACACUUCACAUGGAUUUGAACAUAGUCAGCAGGUGUUACUUGCUGUAGUGUGGAAUCAAGGUAUGAAGUUUUUUAAGCUUAUAGUUUACAACAUUUCUGAGCAGAAGUGGUACUGCAUGCCUAUUCCAAAAGAACGUUUAUUGCAACUUAUCCCACCACGACAGUCCUUAUGCAAUGUCCUGCUGAACAAAAGUCAAUUAUAUCUUUAUCUAUGUUCUAGUUUUCCCUAUCCUACCGAUAUGCUUAAAAUUAAUGUGAUUGCCAUAGAUUUACAAACCCAAAAAACCACUUUGUAUUCUUUUAGAACUGUCGACUACUAUAACCCGAGUUAUAGAACAACAUUGACAAACUAUCGAACUGUACCUCCUGCCAUAGUUUACUGCAACAAUCAUUUCUUUGUCAUUGGAAAUAAGGAAGGUACUGGACAUCUUUUCCUUUGUAACUUGCAAACGCAUCUUUAUUCAUGUUACCAUAUACCUAGUUCCAGGAUUAUUAGUUUGGCACGUGCUGUAGUGAAAAACAACCAAUUUAUUUAUCUUUGGUACCGUCAUCGAACGGGUCCAUCCGAGGAAUUUUGCAUCAAGAAAUCUGUUGGCUUUGCAAUGUUCGAUGCAAAGAUGAAACAAUUUUCUAGCUGGGAUAUUCCUCCACCUGAUAUUACUUAUGAUGAUUUUGCAAGGCCUUACAUCAUGUGUAUUAGAGAAGAUACGGUAUUUGUGUACCUUCCUGGAAAACCAGCACUGGUAUUAGAUGAAACUAGGGGCAAAUGGGUAACUUCACUUCGACGGAUUCCUGUGCCGGGUUCGUUUUCUGAUCAUAAUGCUCAGCUUUACGGAUAUCAAUUGCAAGCUUCUACCAGUCAUAGUAUAUUUGUGUUGAACAAUGAAGCUCCAUAUACCACAACAAUUUAUGAAGUAUCUGAAACUCUCCCUAUGGCAUUGGCUCAUACUCCACCUCCAAUUGAUCAUGUUUCUAUGGUAACAUCAGGAUUAUUAUCAUCAAGUAUCCUUGAUAUGUUAGAAAGUUAUGACACAUACGAUGAUUCUUAUGCGACUGCCUUGCAUGUUAAUAUGCAAGUUUCAGUGUGUGAUACAGAAGACAGUGGGACUUCUAACGACGAAGAACAAGAUUCGGACAAUAAUGAUUAUGAAUAUGAUGAAGACUUUUAUGGUUACAAUUUUGAGAUGGAUACUGGCUUGGAGUUCUGACAUUUAGCACCAUUUGGUUCAUCCAUAGACAUGUGUUACUGAAGACUUUUCUUUUUUUCUCUCAGUUAAGUUUUGUUUCGUUUUAUGGUUUAAUUAUUAUAAAUGCUUAUUUUGAAAGUAAACAGCUCUUAAACUGUAAGUUCAAACGUUAACAUGUAUUAUUUUAACUUUUUCUGGCAGUCAUUCCAAAACAAUUUGUUUUUUUAUCAAUACAAUAUUUUAAUUUUUUAUAUUUAUUUUCACAAAAUUAUUCUUAUUUAAUGUUUAAUUUAUUCUUAUUUAAUAUUUAAUUGGAUAAAACCUCUACAUUAUUUAUUACAAAGACUGAAAUGGAAAAUUAGAUUUUCUUAUUGGUGAAAGAGUAGACUCUUUGCAAAACGUAAGAUUUUCUGAAAUAAUUAAUUUUUACUCGUAUUUAAUUCCCAAUUUAUCGGUCGUAACUUCAUUAUGUAAAUGUCUACAUAACUUCCCGCCGCUCUGUUAUUUCAAUGUAUAGUUUAUAAAAUGCUUCGGUGUUGUUUUACAUAUUACAAAACCAAAGAUUAUUACGAUGAAAUAACAAAUGUACUUUAAUUAUUUUUUCCCGGAUUGCUCAAAUGUUUUUGUAUCGAUUACAGUCAUUUUUUUAAAAAUUUAUGUAAACAGUUUAGAUUUUUUUCUUUAAACAAAAAAACUUUAAUGGAAAAAGGAGAUUCAUUUAUGCUUGGCAAGAGACUUUUUCUCUUCAGCCAUCAUAGUAUGAAAUAAUAACAGAUGAACUAAAUAGAAAAAAGCAAAAUAUCUAACCGGUUCUCUUACUUAAAUAAUAUAUGUACUUAUAUAAUUAGCAGAACAAGACAUACGAAUAAAGCAGAACCGAUUAUAGACCAGGACAACUAUAAUGAAGAAGGGUUUUCAUUAAGAUAAGAUAGAUAAACUAAAACAAAAUAAAAAUCAAUAAAGUGAAAAUGAAAGUGGAGGUGAAAAGCAGAAUUAGGAGGCGAUUACAUAUGAGUUAAGCGGUGAUACGUAAUUAGGGUAUAAUAUAUGAUGAGGACCAUCAUCUCCCUUUUUAAUAUCCAUGGUCCACAUGGAUGCCCUUCCUAACAACAACCACUUUACAGUGUGUAUUGGGUGCCUUUUACUUGUUACCAUCUCUAUUGAGGUCACCAUGCAGCUUGCAAGAUUACAAACCCUGAGGGGACAAGGGAUUAAAGUACUGGAGAAGUGAGGGGGCAGAGCAGGUUCUUGUAGAGGAACUGCAUGGUUACUCAGAUUUAGUUGGAGGAGGAGAGAAUGAUCAGUAGGAACUGCAAAGAGGGAGUUGAGAUGAGGUGUCCAGGUGGGCCUUCAAGGCGAAAAGUGAGUGGAUGGGUGGGGGUGGGUUGUAAGAUUGCAUGGGAAGCAAGAGAAGAAUAUAAUAUAAUAUAAUGUAAUAUAAUAAGUACCAGUUGAGUAAGCACUGGAGUUGAUGUAAUCAGCUGAAUUACUCCUGGGUGAGAGCAUAAGAACUGCACCCCUCCACCAAGUCAUGUCAAGUCUGUGUUUCAGAAAAGGCUCAUCAAACCAGUGCGAUCUCAAGCUUAAAUUUAAUAUAAUGAAUUGAUUUAUUUAAUGAAUUGUAAUAUAAGGAAACUAUAACAAUGUGUGGACUGAUCCUAAGGGUAAAUGAUAAGUCUCUAAGGGUGUCAGUGGCACAAAUUGUUAAAAAUGUCAAGAUUAUAUAAUGCAUAUGGACAAACUGCAAUGCUGCAUGACAGUAAGAUGUGGGCUUUGAAUGCAAAAGACAUGCAAAGGCUGGAGAGGAACAAAGCUGAUAUGCUCUACUGAAUGUGCAUUGUCUGUGUGCAUAUGCAACAGAGCAUUAAUGUAUUGAGAGGAAUUAGAUGCAGUGUGCAAGAGAGAAGACUGCGCUGGUUUUGGUCAUGUAAUGUGGAUGGAUGAGGAUAGUUGCCUAAAGAAGUGUUGAUCAUUUGAAGUGGAGGGAAGUUGUGGAAGUUGAGAGAGACCCAGGAAGACAUAGUACAAAGUAUUGAAGGCUGAUCUCAAAAUGCUAAGCCUUACGAAGGAGAUGACAGAGGACUCAGAUAUGUGGAACAUUGCUGUACUCAAGUAAACUUGCCCACCACAACAGAAGUGAGAUCCUAAAACCAAGGUGCCAUGUUAAAAGCAAUGGUGUGUGUGCUGGUGCCAUGUAAAAGCACUCAGUAGAUUCUGUGAAGUGGUUGACAUUAGGAAGAACAUCCAACUGUAGAAACCAAGUCAAAACAUACUAUGAAAGUGUCCAGCAUGGAAAACACCAUUAAAUGAUGAUGUUUUGGUAAACUCACAUCUUAAUUCUGCCUUUCCCAUCUUACUCCAUCCUUAUUUUACUUUACUAGUUUUUAUUUUAUUUUAUUUAUCCUAUCCUACUUAAUCUAAAGCCUUCAUGGUUGUAUUUGUCCCGAUUUAUAAUCUGCUUCACUUUAUAUAUUUUAAAACAGAUUUUACACACACACACAUAUAGAUAGAUAGAUAUAGAUAUAUGUAUGUAUAUGUGUAUGUAUGUCUAUCUAUGUAUAUGUAUGUAUGUAUAUUUAUAUAUAUGUGUGUGUGUAUGUGUAUAUAUAUAUAUAUAUAUGUAUAUAUAUUUAUUGGCUAAACUGGCAACAUGACCAUCCCCAAAUACAACAAUAUAUAUAUAUGUUUGUGUGUAUAUGUAUAUAUAUAUAUGUGUGUGUGUAUAUAUGUAUGUAUGUAUAUAUAUAUACACGCACACAUAUAUAUAUAUAUGCACAUAUAUAUUCCACAUAAACCUUUAUAUUUUUGUUUAUCUUGUGUAAAGGUGACAUUUAGUUAUUGUAGUUAGAGUAUAAAAGAAUUCUAUCUUAUUUUAAGUAAGUGACUAAUUCACUUGAAAAAAAGAAAUUGGUUGAAUUGACGGUACCUUAUAAAGUUUAAUACAUGAUAAAAUAUUUAUGUGAAACUGCCUUGUUACUGUGAAAAUUAUCUUUUUUUUCCUUUUCUUUUAAUGAUAGCUAUAUUAAGAGCAAAAUUACUUUUAAUGUAAGGAUUGGUAUAGAUGAGUACAAGAUAUCAAUGUUAUGUGUCAUAGCUUUGUACAUUGGUAAUUUUACUUGUAUAUGUUUAAUAACUGGUUUUCUCUUUCACUGUUUUAUUAUAGGGAAUUUAUAUACAUUCAUAUACUGAUAAUUUAUCUUAGUAUCUAUUCUUAAACUGAGUAAUUGAGACUUCAAAAAAUGGAUAGAAAUUGAAAACCUUCAAGCUAGUAGGCCGAUUCUUGUAUGACCAAGUCAAAUAUUGCUCUCUCUGGAAAACAGACAAAUCAUUGAAUAUUUUAGAGACUACCUUUUUUUUUUAAACUCUGAAUUAAUCUAAUUUUGAUUGAUCAUUUCCCUUUUCAUGGCUAACUUAUCACCAUGUCAAUCCUAUAAGAUUGAAUUUUUAAAGAAUGUCAUCUUAAGUUUUUUUCCUAGAUGGAGAAUCUGGGAAAGGGUGAAGUGAAAGUGUCAUACAUCAUUGACCUACUGAAGAAAAGAAUCUUUGUUUUUAUACAAAAUUUUCUGCAUUGUAAUUAUUUACCCAUUUAUACUAUCUGAGGUUGAUGACGUAUGCUCUAGCCAUAUAUUAUAGUUCAAACAAUCAUUUAUAUCUCCUGCUUACAUUGCCUAGUAAAAACAAAUUCUACUUUGGACACACCAGCAAAAAAAAAAAAAAUUAUUUUAUCACUAUCAUAGAUGCCUGCAGCCCUUCAUAUCUUAAUUCCAACUCUUUAUUAAGUUUAAAAAUAAAAAUUUUAAAAGACCUAUUAGUUUCUUCAUUCCUUCUGGUGGCCAUCUUGAAAAUUUUACUCAUCGACAUUUCCACUGUAUCACCAACUGUAAUAUUUCAGUUGAAGGUCAACAAUGUUUCUGUUUUUAUUUUUAUCCCUUGGGUGUGAAAGGCUAUGACUUCACCUUUUUCUUUAUACUGCUGCAUAAAGGAUUGGUAUUGGUUAUAUUGAGAUAUCAUGAUAGGGCAAAGUUCAGAGCAAGUUAUCAUUCACAUAACAUAUCUUUUCCUACAGUUUGUAGGAUAAUUUCCUUUUUUUUUCCUCUCUCUUUGCAGGAUAGAAGUAAUUUAUUGUUUAAUGUAAUUCAUAGUAUGAAACUUCAUACUCAUAAAGUUUAGCAUUCUGUAUUGUAUUUACAAAAAGGAAUUUUUUACCCAUCUUCAAUGUAAAGCAUAGCAUGAAGGUUGAAAUCUAAUUAAAGUUAAGUAUUCUAGUCUAUAUUGUUGUUUCUUUUCAUUUUUUUUUCAUCAUCUCCAUACGCGUGGUUUGAUAUUUAUAUAUUUCAUCAGAACAGCUCGUGGACAAUUAAUAGAUUUAAGUCAAAGUUAAGUCUUUCAGAGUCAUGUAUACAAAUAGGUGUAAAAGAAAAAUGAAAUGAAAUAGAAGUGCAAUCAGUGAUAUCUUCGUCUGUCAAGAUGGACACAUUUAACAAGAUUUAAAUGUUUUUCACCAGAGAAAUUCAUUGAAACUUGUGAGCCAAAGGCUGUUUAUUUCAGAGGUAUGGAUAAAUGUCCAUUGUCCUUUGAAUUCCUGAUUCAGAAUGAUGUUUCAUUUUUUUCCUGUCAUUAAAAAGUGUUUUAUAUAUCAUUCACUUGACAUAUCAUCUUGAUGAAUGUGUUAAGCAAAAUUUAAAUGUUUUUAAUCAAGGAAAUUCACUCAAAAUGGUUAGGUUUUGCAUUGGAUAAAAACCGACAUAUGUUAUGCAGCAACAGUAGACUAAUUCUACUGAUAUGGUUUCAGUUCUUGGUUGCAACCAUUUCACUUUACUUUCAUCAUAAUUACCCACUUCUUUCAAAUGGUGAUGGAGACUGCUGAGACAUUAAAGUGCUAGAUCUAAUGUAUAUUAUUUAGUUCUGUCUUUCUACAUUUUGGGGUGAAAUCCUGCUGAUGCCAUCAAAUAUGUGCUGGGUUUGUUUCAAUCAAUUAUACACAUCCCUACAAAUCUGAGUAUUGUGCAUACAUAUAUAUAUGUAUAUUCUUUCUAAUUUUGCCACAAGGUCAGCAAUUUUUAAGGGAGAGGACAAGUCAACCCCAAUAUCUUCUUUAAUUGGUCCCCGAAAAGAUCCCUAAAUCAUAGGACAAUAUGAGUCAGGAGAAAUACCACAAAGCAUUUUCCCAGCAUUCUAACUAUUCUUCCAGCUAACCUUUUUACAUCAUCAUCAUUUAAUGUUCGUUUUCCAUGCUGGCAUAGGUCGGACAGUUUGACAGGAGCUGGCUAAGCCAGGCAAGAAGACUGCACCAGGCUUCACUGUCUGUUUUGGCAGGGUUUUUACAGUUGAAUGCCCUUCAUAACAUCAGCCAACUUACAUUGGAUUCUGUUAUGCAGUGGAAAAUUCAUAGACAAAUUACCAAAUCUCUGAUCUUAUUUUAAUUAAACAAAAAAGAAACCCGUCAAUUAGUUUAAUGUCUCAGGGAAAGGUAUGAUAUUAAAAGCUGUCCAUGUAUUUCAUUUAUACGAAUUUCCUUUGGUUUACUACAUGAACUAUUGUUUUGAGGGCCAGAAGGACUUUCAUAAAGUAUAAAGCACAAAUCGUAAUUAUAAUUCACAGUUGAAUUACAGUUAUAAUAUUUCAAAAUUUUUCUGUGAGUUCUAACUGUUUGAUCUGCAUAUUUAUUGCAUCAAUAUCUUUUAUCUAUUACUUGUUUCAGUCAUUGAACUGCAGCCAUGCUGGACUAUCACAUUGAAGAGAUUUAAUCAAACAAAUCAGCCCUACUACUUAUUUUCAGUCUGGUAUUUUUUUCUUUCAGUUCUUUUUGCCAAACCACUAAGUUAUGGGAUGUAAACAAACCAACACCGGUUGUCAAGUGGUGGGGUGGGGGUAGAGGUGUGACAGACACAUAGACACACACACACACAUUUAAUUGUGUGUGUGUGUGUGUAUUCCUUUACUCUUUUACUUGUUUCAGUAAUCUGACUGCAGCCAUGCUGGAGCAGUAGCUUUAGUCGAGCAAAUCAACCCCAGGACUUAUUCUUUGUAAGCCUAGUACUUAUUCUAUCAGUCUCUUUUUGCUGAACCACUAUGUUAUGGGGACAUAAACACACCAGCAUUGGUUAUCAAGCGAUGUUGGGGGGAACAAACACAGACACACAAACACACACACACAUGAUGGGCUUCUUUCAGUUUCCGUCUACGAAAUCCACUCACAAGACUUUGGUCGGCACAUGGCUAUAGAAGACACUUGCCCAAGGUGCCACACUGUGGGACUGAACCUGGAACCAUGUGGUUGGUAAGCAAGCUACUGUACAUGUAUAUAUAUAUAUAUAUAUAUAUAUAUAUAUAUAUAUCUGUUAUCACUGAUAGGAACAGAAUUGGUUCAGAAGAGCAUAUUUCUGAAUAUACUACUGAUUGAAAGCCACAAAAAUGCUGUAUUCUUCUUGAAAAUGCUUCUUUCUCAGCAUUAAAUACGUUAAUACUAGUGAACUAAUCAAUACAUUAUGUCAUAGGCUCUCAGUAAUUAUAAUUUCUGUGGGAUUUAGAUUUGCUAGAAUCAAGACUGAUGUUACUAGUUACUUUAUUUAAUGCUAUAUAAGAAUAAUACUCAUGAGCCAUCAAGAGAAACGUCUGUAUUUCCCUCAAAUCAUACCUUUGUCUUCAAAGAGAGAGAGAGAGAGAGAGAGAGAAGGAAGAGUCACACUGGAUAAUAUUGUCCUACCUGAAAUAAAGAUGGAAUGGUCACAUCUGGAAUGCUUUUCAUCAUAGAUCUGCUCAUUUAGAGAUAAUCUGGGGCUUAGAAGCAAUUUAAUCACAGUGACUGCAAUAUAUGUCAUAAAUAAAACCUUAUAAUCUGUUAAUUCAAUUAACUACAUGCUUAAUGUUAACCCUUUCGUUACUGUAUUUAUUUUGAGAUGCUCUGUGUUUCUUUCAAUUAAUUUUAAAUAUAACAAAGAAUUUAGUAAAAAUAACUUAGUUAUCAUGAAGUUAGUGUUAGGAACAUAAAUUGUGACUAAGGUUUGGUGGAAGAUUUUAAUUCAGAACUAAUGAAAACAAGACAUUUGUACUACAGGGCCAGAAGUGGUUUCAGGUGGGUUGGUAUCAAAAGGGUUAAUGUGGCACCAUCACUAGUGCUUUCUACAUGGCACCAGCAUGAGUGCUUUUAACCCCUUUGUUCCCAUAUUUCUGUUGAGAUGCUCUGUUUCUUUCAAUUAUUUUAAAUAUAACAAAGAAUUUAGUAAAAUAACUUAGUUAUCAUUCAGCUAGUGUUAGGAACAUAAAUUGUGACUAAGGUUUGGUGGAAAAUUUUAAUACAAAAUUUGUGAAAACAAGACAUUUGUACUCAGAGCCAGAGCUAGUUUCACCGGGUUGGUAACGAAAGGGUUAAUCAUAACUGAAUAUUUAUUACCUCCAGCUAUUUCCAUAAUUUUAGGAGUCAAAUGAUUUGACUUGAACUGUGACUUUACAGGAUUCUCUGGAACAAUUUUCCAUUAUCUUCUCCUGGGCCAUGAGUAAGUCUAAGCUCAGCGAAUUAUAAGCAAUGUACUUCAUUCUAUACACAGCAAUCACUCUUCCCAGUUAUCCCCACCUCCCAUAUAAAAGCUAUAUAAAAUUCACACCCACCCAAUUUGCAAACCUUAUAUCUCAAGUAGGUGUCAAUAUUUUCAUCUUCUUCUAAGAUAAUCUUAUCUUUAUUGAGAAUAGGUGUCUUGUCCUCUGGUAAUGUUGCCAAACUGGUUCAGCAUCCUCUCCUGGGGGAAGACUUUUUCAUUCCACUUCAUGCCAAAAAACUGGCACUUAAAAUCUCAAGGUUUUUAAUAGACAUUUUGUCUUUGGGUUUCUUUUAAUAAAAAUUUCGAUUGACUACAUAAAGCUGAAGUAUUUUAUGUAAGCAGAUAGAAUCUUUAGUUUGAACAAGUUUUAACAGCAGAAGGGGGAGGGGGUAAUGGGCCACACUCACAAGAACAAAUGGCGUGCUCAGCUGUGCCCCACAGUCAUGGUUGUGAUGGCGUUGCCAUGGGAAAUGGCCUGUAUUUUACUUUUCUUAAUCGUUCAAUAUGAUCUCAAAAUAUCCUCCUCAUCAUCAUCAAGCCCUGGACAUUUCUACCUCAACAUUACUAUGAGUUCUAUCACUAGAACUCAUUGGGCCGGUUACCCCGGUGACUGAGAUCAGAACACUCCCUGCGAGAUCAGAACAAUCCAUUGCAAGGUUACUCAUUUUUGCCAGCUGAGUGGACUGGAGCAAUGUGAAAUAAAGUGUGUUGCUCAAGGAUACAAUGCACCACCAGUAUUUGAACUCAUGACCUUACGAUCAUGAACCAGAUAUUCUAGCCACUAAGCCACAUGCGUUCAUAGAAGCUUCUGAUUGUAAAGAGCAAAUUGACAUCUUUAUAUGUAUUACUAUCUAAAUAACUUAAUUUAAUUAAUUAAUUGUCCUUGGCAGGAUUUGUAAUCAGAAUCAUUAGUUUAUUUGAUCAUCAUUCGUGCGGGUGACACGUAAAAGCACCCACUACACUCUCUGAGUGGUUGGCGUUAGGAAGGGCAUCCAGCUGUAGAAACUCUGCCAGAUCAGAUUGUUGGCUGAUGUUGCCAUCCGGUUUCACCAGUCCUCAAUCAAAUCGUCCAACCCAUUAAGUUAAUCCCAUUAAGUUAAUCCAAGGUGCAGGCUCUCUUAAACUGAUGAGGAUGAUAUGAUUGCCACUCAACUUGAACAUCUUUAAGGAAAACUAUAGGCAGGGAUGGAUGUUCUAAAUUUGGGAAUUUUUGCUUUCAAUACCUUAUUUUCAGUAAAUUUAGACAUAAAGUACUGUUGUCAGGAGUGCCUAGCAUCUCCUCUUUGCUAGUCAUAUUCAGUGAUUUUAUCACAACGUAGUCUCAGUAUAUAAAUAAAUUGUUAUUGUCUUAAAUGUUAGAGUAUGUCAGCUUCUAGUCUCUCUUUCUAGCACUGCAUGAAUAAAACCGAUGAACCAUAUCUAGAAAAAUAACAAUAACAAUAUGAUUUCAUCAUAAUAUUCACAUGAUUAAGCUAUAUUGUUACUAUUAGUUUCAACCACUUCCCAGCCUUUUGGCUAAGAUCAAAGUGUACUAUUAGUUUCAACAUAGUUUAGCCAAUAUUCUGGUUUGAUUAAACAAUAUUGUUACUAUUUCUGGAUAAUAGAUAAUUGAUGGAAUGCCAAGAAGAUGAGGUGCUUGUUAGCUUAGAGUGAAAAUUGUGCUAAGGUUAACGUAUACUUCUAGUCAUAUGGCUCUAAUUAAACACAUACAAGCAAAUUCCAUUUACGCAAUUUUGAAGUAUUAAUUUUAAAAAAACAAUCAGCUAAAAAAAUAUAUUUGUAAAUUAUUUUAGUUUUAUUAUAUUUUAUUGUUAGUAUUUGUAUUGUCAACAUAUUUAAGUAAAAUGCUAACUCUAAUGUGUUCCAAGUUAUAAACUAUGAAUUUUCUAUUUAGAAAUAAAACUGAGUGACCCAAAUAAUAGGGAGCUUUGGCAGCAUUUAGUUAUAUCCCUUUAUAUUAUUAGUUCAAAUCCUGUAAAGGUGCUAAUAUUGUUCUGGAGGUUAAGGUAGUGAGCUGGCAGAAUCUUUAGCAUGCCAUGCAAAAUGUUUAGUGGCAGUUUGUCUAUCUUUACGCUCUGAGUUCAAAUUCUGCCGUGGUUGACUUCGGCUUUCAUCCUUUCAAGGUCAGUGGAAUAAGUACCAGUUGAACAUAGGUAGUCGAUGUAACCGACUUACUCCCUUCCCUGAAAUUGCUGGCCUUGUGCCAAAAUUUGAAAUCAGUAUUGUUCUGAAGUUGAUUCAAUCAGUUGCACACCUUCCCUGCAAUUUGUGGAUUAGAACCAAUGUGAAAAUUCAAUAUUUUAUUCAGAAUUGAAAUUUAGUUUUAAAGAGGGAGAAGAAUUCAUUUAUUAGAACAUUAGAAUUAUAAUGUUAUGGGUUAAACUAUGGUCUUAGAAUUGCAUCUAAAAAGCUUUAUAUGUUGUUUUGAACUCUGGAAAAAUGGCUUUAUUGUAAGAAUUAGCUUCAUGCGUUACAUGUUUUUCAUCAUCAGGUGUCAUGUGUUCUCAUUUAAGUAUUAUGAAAAGAGAUCUGAUGUUUUAUCAGUUACAAACCACUUCUAGAUGAGAUCAGUCUGAAAUAAUCCCAUCAUAAGCUGUCAUAAAUAAAAGCUUAUAGGAUCAGUAAUCAUUUUUGGUUUCUAUUCUAUUAACCUUUAGCAUGCUGUAGGUGCAUCAUGUUGCCAUAUAAAUUUUCUCCCUUCUCAAUGUGACACAAUGCAGCUACAGCAGCAAUAACUCAUACAGUGACAUGCGCCGAAGUGUGCUAAAAGUUAAAAUAAAUGCUUCUCUGAAUAGGUGGCUAGGUUUUCUUUUAAUGUUAGCAACUAUUUUCAAAUUGUCUUCAUUGAAAACAAUAAUAUACUUGAAGGAUAUAUUAUUCAAUAAAACCUUUAAUUCAUAAUAAUACAUCUUAUAAGUUAUCUGUAAAGAACCUAGUCAGUCAUGAUUUCUGUUUUGGCUGAUAUCAACUGUCAAUAUUUCCGGAGAUGUACUUACUUGUCUGGCAAAUAAUUCCAUCUGAGGUUGUGUGUUGAAACUAAAGCAAUUACAGGAUGAAAGACAUAAUAGCUGUUCAAAAGCACACAAAAGACUGUUAACUCCACUUAAAGAUUUAUUAUUUGAUGUUGAAAUUUUCCUCGCACCAAAUAAUAAAUGUUGAAGUGAACUCUCAAUAAUAAUAUAUUAAAAAUUUGGUAAAAAAGAAAACAAAAACAAAAAAAAACAGUAGGUUCAUAGCAAGCAGAAUUCUUAGUCUUAUUUAAAAUCUAUAAUUGAAGUUAUUUCACUUCACUCAAGCUGUUAAUGCAAUUUAAAACGUAAUGAGAAUCACAGUUUCUUUAUAAAUACAAGGGUCUUUUACCUUAAAAAUUUUCUUAAAGUGUAUCUUUUGAGCAGGAAUUAGUUGUUUGAAUUGCUUCUUCUCGUUCCUUAUUUCACUUCAACAAAACUUGUUGUUUUUAAAGUUAAAAAAAGACAAAAUUCAGCUGUCAAGUCAAUUAUUUUCUCUCUUUAUACUGAUAAAAAAAACCUUUUUAUUAGUAAGUAAUUUGUAGUUUCUCAUAGUUGAACUUGAAAUCUGAUGUAAAAAUUGUCAACUGAUUUCCUAGGAUAAACCUAGGAAAUAACUGUAAUGAAUUUUUGAAUUUUUGUUUGAAUGAAUUUUUUCAAAAUGAUUUUUGAAUUUACCACCUACCUUCACUAUCAUAUAUUUCUUUUGAUUCUUUUCUUAAUUUCUCAGCUUUCACCAGCAAAAAUCAAACAUUUUAAUUUUACUACACUCAACAAUUUAACCCUGGUUUGAAAGCACUAUGGAAUGCGUGUGUAUGUGUGUGUGUGUGUAUAUAUAUAUAUGUGUGUGUGUGUGAGUGUGGACAUAUGUAUAUAUAUAUAUAUGUGGUAUAUAUAUGUAUGUAUGUAUGUAUGCAUGUAUGUAUGCAUGUAUAUAUAUAUGUGUGUGUGUGUGUGUGGAUAUAAGUAUAUAUAUAUAUAUAUAUAUAUAUGUAUAUGGAUAUGUAUAUGUAUGUAUAUGGAUAUGUAUAUGUAUAUGUAAACUCUGGCUACCUAAAUCUACUAAGUUUUAAUGUGAGUUUAUUUCUUAGACAAACACAGUGUCUUGUUAGGGAAAGGGAAUAUAUAACGUUUGUGCUGUUUGCAUUAGCAUUGAAAUAGGUGCGACUUCUCCAACAUUAGGUUAUAUAUAUAUGUGUGUGUAGCACAAACGUCAUAUAACUCCUCUUGUUUGAUAAGCAGAAUGGGAUGACUAGGCAUAGCAGACUGGACGUUGAACCUGUUUCAACAACAGUACUUUUUGGCACUGGAGGCGAAUACAUACACACACAAAAACAUACACAUGGAAAGAUAAUUAGUGAGUGAGUGCGAGAGAGGGGGAAGAAGGAGAGAGAGAGAUUACAAUUUGUUAAUUGAACACAACUGACAUAAACACCUCCCCCUCUCCUUGUACAUAUAGAAAUAUAUGCUCACACAGAGAAACUCAGAGAGAGAGAGAGAGAGAGAGAAUGUGAACAACAUUAAAAUAGAAACAUCAAAAUGAGAAAAGCCUCAGCUAUGCCAAAUAGGAAGUGCCUAAAGGGCUGUGCCAAAACGUCUCGUAAUCCCUAAUAAAACAUUGUGUCUGUGUAAGAAAUUAAUUAAUCAUCAAACUCACCUUAAGAUUUUAGUAUAAUGGGGAAGAGGAAUCGAAGUUGAAAGUGACUAAAUCUUGUCAUCUGCUUCUUAGAUGCAGUGAAGAUAAAAAAAGAAAAAAAGCACAAGUAAAAAAAACAAAAAAAAAACAAAACAAAACAAAGACUUUAAACAAUAGAAAAAUUAUAUUUCUAGUAGUUUAUUAACUACAAAUAUUUUUCUAUACAUGUUUUAACAUGCAAGAUUUUUGAAGUGAAAAAUUGAUUUUAAGAUUUUUUUUUUAAAUUUUCAAGGUUAUUUGAUUACCUCAUGUAUAUCUAUUUGGUAGGAUGCUUUCUAUUUAUUGAUAUGUAUAGUUAAUUAUUCAAGACACUUUAGCCUUGUAUUAUUUAUAUAAAUAUAUAUAUAUGUAUAUAUAUUCUUUUAUUUUACUGCUUUAAGACAAUGGACUGUGACCAUGCUGGGGUACCACCUUCAGCAAUAAUAUCGACCCCAGUACAUGUUUCAAUUUGAUAUUUAUUGCAUUGAUUUCUAUUUGUCAAACUGCUAUGUUACAGGACAUAAAACAUACUAUAACAUAAACUACCCCAGCUUUUAGAUUGUAAACACAAAUAUGGAUACAGGUACACGCACACACAUAUAUCUAUGGUAUGUAUAUAUGUGUAUAAAACCUGGAUUAACAAUAGAACAAAUCAUCAGGUUUGUUCAGUUCCUUUCCUUCAGUGUGUACACCCAUAUGUAUGCGUGUUUAUAAAUAUAUAUAUAUUCCAUAACUGCCAUCCCUUAGUGCGAAACUGACUAGUAAGACUGGCCGUAAUGAAUAUAUAAUACUUAACACUUCAAAUUAUAUAUAUAUACAUACACGCACUUAUGUUUUCAUAUUUAGUGUUGACAGUUGGGAAAAAAAAGUACAUGAAACCAUAGUAGAGAUUAAUAAAGCUUUAUUUUGGUCAAGUCAGUCAUUUCUUACUCUAGGUUUUCACUAUAGGUGCACAGAGUCUUGUAACUUGUCUGAAGAUAAUGUGCAGUGUAACACCUACACACAAAACAGACUGACUUGACCAAAAUAUAAUUUUACAAUAUAUAUAUAUAUAUGCACUUUUAUAUUGUCAAGCAGUAUUUUCCUGGUAAUGGCAUCCCAACUGGUCAGAAUCUUACUGAUGGUUUCCAGCCAGAUCUUCAGAGAUGCUGGAUGCACUCACCUCCCCUCUUUUAUGUGGGGGGUAAAUAUAUAGUCCUGCCAUAACCAAGAAUUUAAAAGUAUAAUCACCCACUUUCUCUUGUACGGUGCUUUUUCUUUGACUUAUGGACCACUAACCAAUACAUGUAUGUAUAUAAAUAAUGCACCCACACACACACAUAUAUAUGUGUGUGUGUGUGUAGAUUUGUAUAUAUAUAUAUAUAUAUAUAUUUAUAUAUAUAUAUGUGUGUGUGUAUAUAUAUUUGUAUAUCAUCAUAUUUAUAUAUAUACAUAUGUAUGUAUAUGUUUACAUAUAUAAAUAUAUAUAUGCAUAUAUGUAUAUAUAUAUAUAUAUUCAUUCAUAUGUAUAUAUAUAUAUAUAUAUUCAUUCAUAUGUAUAUAUACAUAUGUAUGUAUAUGUAUAUAUGCAUAUAUGUAUGUAUAUAUAUAUAUAUUCAUUCAUAUGUAUAUAUAUAUAUAUAUAUUCAUUCAUAUGUAUAUAUACAUAUGUAUGUAUAUGUAUAUAUACAUAUGUAUGUAUAUAUACAUGUAUGUAUAUAUAUGUAUGUAUGUACAUAUAUAUAUGCAUAUCUAUGUAUAUAUAAAUAUAUAUCUGUAUUUAUAUAUAAAUAUAUAUAUGUAUACACAUGUAUGUGUGUGUGUGUGUGUAUAUAUAUAUAUAUAUAUAUAUACAUACAUACACACACACACACAUGUAUUCGUAUGGAAAAGAUACAUGAAUGUGUGUGUAUAUAUAUAUAUAUAUAUAUAUAUGAUCACAGAAUGAAAGUAAGAAAAAGCGAAUAACUUUCCAAAUUUAUUUCUGCAUUUCUCUGCCUUAUCUUUCUUUUUCAGCUUUAGUAGCUUCACUUUACCAGUUCUAGCACUUUACCAUCCUCCGUCCUACAGGUCAACUCAUAUCAACCUGUUGUCAAUCAUUUGUAGAAAGGAAAUAUAAAUAUGUUGAUGUUGUGAUACAGUCAUUUGUAAUCCUUGUAUUUAUGUAUCCAUUACCCAUUUUAUUCUUUGUUUUGUUUUUUUAAACAUAUUUUGUUGUUUUUUUCUUCUUCAAAAUACCCAAUAUUGUUGUAUUUUUACAAAACACUUUUUUUAUUAUUAUUUCAUAAAUCUAAACCUAAUGUACAAUUCAUUUAAUACUUUAUAAAUGGAAUAAAUAAAUGCAUUCCUUUGAA